UGCGCAUUGCGGACCGAGUCGAAAACACGGAAGUCGCGUGAAAGAAGAUAGCGAACAGUGCCUCGCGGUGUAAUCUCUUCUCAGAACGAGUUCCGUGAAACAAUAACGCUCGCGCGUCGGAUCUGGUGGGAGGCAUUUCACUUGACUUUGACACCGAAACGCUUGUGAGGGACGAUGGCGUCGAUGAUGUCUCUGUAGCCGAAGCUGCUUCGGCCUCCUUGAAACACCGAACAGACCGCUGGGCAGCGACGCGGGGUCCUCGGAAGCUGAAGAAGAUGCCAGCUCGUAACAUUGUGUCCAACGAAAUCCCCAACAGCAAAGUCAGGUACUCCAGGUUGUCCACUGAAGAUGACGGCUACACGGAUCUACAGUUCAAAAGAAGCCCACCAAAAGUCCCAUACAAGGCCAUAGCACUAGCCACCGUCCUCUUCCUAAUCGGCUCUCUGUUAAUCAUCAUCGGCUCCCUCCUCCUGGCUGGAUACUUUGGAGUAACUCACUCGGACCGAACUGUGCCGGUCCUCAUCAUUGGGAUCCUCGUCUUCCUCCCCGGAUUUUACCACCUACGAAUAGCUUACUAUGCAUCAAAGGGCUACCGGGGCUACUCCUAUGAUGAUAUCCCAGACUUUGAUGACUGAUAGACUCCACAGCUUCAGCCACAGUCUCCUUGUACUCGUGUAUAUACUGCUAAUGUUCUGCGUGCUAAAUUAUAGGCACUGACCUUUCCGGAGUAAAAUAAGCAUGAAUAGAUUCUGUGCAUUCUCCUCAUCUGUACCGUGAUCAUUUUAUGGGGUGAGGAAGUUGGUGCCAGCUUGCUGUAAUGAAGCCAAAUCAUUAUCAUACAUAGUUUGAUUUGUAUAUUUCUUUUGUUAGCUUUUUAAAUUAAUAAAAAAUUAAUUUAAUGGG